CAUCGCUUCGAACGAUUGUGCUCUUUAAAAGUAAGUAAAAGAUAUCACGUAUGGUCAAACAAACGACCUUCUUGUUCUUUGUUUAGGAACGGCGGGCUUUUGUUCGUUCUUACAACAUCUUGCAAGCAUAAAGAAUCAACAGUACGAAAGGCUAACUGGCUAACCAGUACACCAUGUGAAUUAUUUGAUUGCUAAAGAGUAAGGUUGACUAUUUUCAUGUUCUUCAAGUUGGAAGUAUAAAAGACACCGAAUCUCGCACCAGCAAUUCCUAAGGUUGAAUUUUAUUUUAAGCAGAUAUGUCUUCUACAGAUAAGUUUAUUUUGCAUUGGCUUGACCAAUCUAGAUCACACAGAAUCUUAUGGCUUUUUGAAACUCUUGGGUUGAAUUAUGAAUUAAAAAUCUAUAAAAGAACCAAGGAAUUUCGUGCUCCUAAAGAGUUGGAAAAGGUUCAUCCAUUAGGUAAAUCACCGGUGAUUGAAAUAAUCAGAGAAGGGAAGGAGCCAUUAUUGCUUGCCGAAACUGGUCAUAUUAUCCAGUAUGUAGUAGAAAAUUAUGACACUACUAAUAUAUUAAAGACAUCUACUCCAGAGGAGAAAGAAUUGGUUGAUUACUAUUUACAUUUUACCGAAGCUUCGCUUCAGGGAUUCUUGGUUGCCUUACUAGUUGGUCAAAUUGCUCAAACGAAAGCCCCUUGGGGAACAGGUUUCUUAGUCAAACUAGUAACUUCAGGUAUAAACAGUCAAUAUUUCCAACCAGAAUUGCUCAAAAGCUUGAAAUUUUUGGAGUCUCAGCUUGCUAAAAAAUCAACUAAUCAAUAUUUCGUAGGCAAUAAAUUGACUGGUGCUGAUGUUAUCUUAAGUUUCCCAAUUAUUGAUAAUCUUUUCAGUAACCCUGCUAGAGCUAGCACCUUAAGUGGAGGAGAGGUCAAUUUAGUCAGAGACUUCCCGAAUUUACAUGCUUGGACUGAAAAUGUUCUGAAACUUCCAAGCUAUGUCAAGACAAAUGAAAUUAUUGACAAAAAACUUGGUUCAAAAUUGUAACCAAAAAUAUGUUUUUCUUUUAAAUGCUAAUUGUUAUCGUAA